GAUAAUAUUUUCAUUGAUUUGAUCACAGUUUAAAUUAGGAUGGAUUGUUCUGUUUGUGUGUUUUGUGGACUUCCUGGAGCUGGAAAAACAACAUUAGCAAAUCAUCUAAAACAUUUGCAAGGCUCUACACACAAGUUCAUUCAUGUAUGCUAUGAUUCACUUCUAUUGAAAGUUGAUCAUGCCAAGUCAUUGGACUCUGUUAGUGCUUGGAAAGCAGCGAGAUCAUCAAUUGCAAAUAAUGUUAGUUCAAUUCUAGAGUUUUUGGGAAAUGAAAGCAAAGUGCUAUGUCCGAUAUUUGAUAAAGGUGUGUCUCAGUCUGCCCUUGAAUUUCUGUUCCAAGACAUCAAAACUUUUGAUCCAACUAUGAAAAUUGUUUUACUCAUUGAUGACAAUAUGCAAUACAGAGGUAUGCGGAAUGAAUAUUACCGUAUGUGUGCGAAACUUGAAGUUGGAUUCAGUAUUGUUUACUUUGAUAUACCAUUACAAGUGUGUUUGAGAAACAACAAAGAACGUGAAAAUCCAAUUCAAGAAGCUAUCCUUGAAAAAAUUAGCAAUCAAAUGGAAAUUCCUGGGUCGAACUCAAAAUGCAAAUGGGAAAAAUUUGUUGUAAAAUUAGGAAGUCGCAAUUUGGAAGCAUCUUCUGGUCAAGUAUUAAGAAUAAUUGAUGAAAGUAUGGAGCACCCACCCAGUUUCCCGGGACCUGCCAUACAAGAAGAAAUUGAAAAAGUGCGUCAAAUAAACAGAAAAAAUUUUCUUCACCAAGCUGAUAUAUGUAUACGACGGUUAGUAUCAAUGAAAAUACAAGAUUUCAAAAACUCAACGUCAUCUGAUAUAACUCUUUCUCAGUUUUCUAAAAAUCUCAUCAAUGUGAAAAAACAGACAAUGUUUCUAUUAAAAAUAGGUUAUGUGGAUGAUGAAAUAUUUCUUAAAACUGAUGGAAAUUUAGAUUUUGAUAAAAUAGAAAACAGUAUUCAUGACUUAAUGAAUUUAAUUUUUCAAGAAAUACAGUAAAUUAAGUUUAAAAUAUACAGUAUUACAGAAGAGUUUUGUUAUAAGCUAUUUCAAAAAAGACAGACUCUUCUAAUCAACAAAUUGUGUAGUUAUUUUCAAAACAUUCAACCUAAUGGAAAGUUUUUGUCGAAGAGAUGACACAAGUGUUAAAAGAAUGUUGAUACAAAUAUAAAAGUAGACAGUGUCAGCGUGAUUCAAACUAAAUCAUUACCAUACUGCUUUGACAUGAAAAGCUUUCAACUAGACAAAAAUAUCGAAAGAUUCGAGCAGAUUUUGAUUAAAGCACAAUAGACUAGAUGUUGCCUCAUUCCUUGAAGUUCAUGUCACAUUUUUGCUAUGUAUUUUACAGAGGCUAGUACCAAGUCACCACAUUAAAUUCUAAAAUUAGUACAUUAUUCUAUUUUCAAUAGUAUUAUGCAGUCUUUUUUGUUUCAUACAUUUUGACAACAUGACAAAAACAGUACAUUAUUAGAAUAACACUUGCGA